AUGGGGUGCGGCCAGAGCAAAAUCAACUUAUAUCCGCGGCGAAGCAAGAAUAGUAGCAAGAGUGCAAAGAAAACAGGAGGUGCUGCCGAGACAAACGAGUCUGAGGAGGAAGAAGGAUGCCCGGAAGCCACCGAGGACACGGAACCGGAAGACCACCAGCCAGAUACUAGGCAGCAUGUCCUGCCCAUCACGGAACACCAGCCCGCUUUUGAGGUGUCGGCGAGCCAGCAAAACUUCUUCAAAAUGCUAGAUGAAAAGAUUGAACAGGGCAAGGACUAUGACUCGUCGAGCGAAACGGAAAUCCAAGAGGAGGAGGAGCGUAAACGUAGACUCAUAGAGCAUUGGUGCUCCUACUCGGAAUCGGCCCAGUCCUCCGUAUGCACCCCCAGCCCGCCAACCCCUGCAGCCCGGCGCCGCAUGACGCGCUCUGUCUCCCGCGCCUCCGAGCGGCAGUGCGGCCCCAGCACCAGCCAGGAGUGCUACCGCCAGGAGUCGCCCCCCACCCGCCGCACCAACAGUGGACAGGCUCACGAGCCUCGGCCCUCCACAUCCGCUGAAUGGGACCCUAACAAGUCGCCAAUGAAACGCACCCAGAGCGCCGGCCCCUGCUGGCGAGGCGCCCCUAAAGUCGGCCCCAUGCCUAAGCCUAAAGGUGACAGAAAAGAUGAACCUGUCGCUGGCUGCAGCAAAGACUCUCAGAUAACUUACAACCCAACAUUCCAAAACCACAGCCCGGCUCACUCUUCUCUCUCAAAGAGCCAGCCGUAUAUAGCUCAGCUCGUUUCGUACCCGCUGGCCGCUCCGGCGUCGCCCACAAAAUUUAUCGCGCCUCCCGAAGAAUACCAAGACCCGGACGUUAGCACUGGCGACAGGCAAAUGACGAUGACUCAAGUGAACUCCCAGUCCCAGAUCUAUUACAUACACGGGAAUGCGGCCGCGACGGGAGCUCAUCCCGACAUCGUGCAGCAGCGGCAGCAGACCGCCAUACAUCUGCAGCAGUAUGUUGCCAUGAAGCAAGCCCAGCAGCAAAUGUUCAGUUCCUACAUGCAGCGCAGCCCACAUGCUGUGUAUCCCGGCGGGGAGUACCCACCGAACACUCCUCGGAUGUACGAAGGGGAGGAAUUAGCGGCUCAAUACGGAUACCCCGGUCCGCGGCCGCAGAGCGCGCCCCACCGGGGGCACGUCGACGUGGGGCACAUGCACACUCCGGUCUGGAACCCGCUGCCGCCAGUGAUGACCACGCAGUGGGCCGGCGGGGUAGUCCCGCCGGAGAUGCAGUACUACCCACAGUCGCAGUUCGUGCCGAUGUUCCGCGCCUCCUCCGCCGGGUCCGCCGGGACGCUGACCCGCUACCACAAGAAGGAGGACUCGGAGAAGACCGUGCAGAGUAUCAACGUGGUACGUGGCAAGCCCGUGGGCCAGAUCGUGGCCGUUAGCGGGCAGGAGUUGGCCGUGAGCAGCACGGUGAGCGACAGCCCCAGCCCGGCCUCCGUGUCCACCGACAGCGGCGUGUCGCCGGGCACCUCGGCGCCCAGCUCCAAGAGCUCGUUCAGCUCGACGCCGCCCACCAUCAUAGCCAACGAGACCUUGGAGCCGCACCCCAAGCCAAAGAAAAACAAAUCGACCACCAAUCGCUCUCUAAAAGUUUCCAAAAGUCUAGACGCUUAAGUCUCUGAAACU